GGUUCUCUCUCAGCACCCAAGUCUGUGUGGGUGUCUUCUGCUGCCACAAAGCUGCUCAGCUUGGAGGAGGCACAGGCACAGAGGCGAGGCCACAGCAGCUCUGCCAUCAUGCCAGAGAGCGGGGACAUGGAAGUGGAAGAAGGCCCUGCAGCUGUACAGGGCAAAUUCCACAGCGUCAUCGACUUUCCAUCCGAAAGCAAUGAUGGGCUGUGUGCUUCCAUCAGUGGAGAGCUCCUAGGAAGCACAAAUGGCUGCAGUUCAAUUGAGAGCCUUCCAAGUAACAACAGUGAUGGACACAAGGAGCUCGUCCAAGUUCAAGCCCUGAUUUCUCCCAGCUGUGCUGAGGAUGCUGACCUGAGCCUGCCAGACACCACAGUCACCAGCCUGGACU